AUGGCGGCCCUGCUUGUCGGUCUUCUGUUUUCCAGCCUGGAUACUUCUAUCGUCGCCACUUCUCUGGUUACCAUCUCACAUGAACUGGGUGACUUUGCUAGCGCUCCGUGGAUUAUCCUGGCCUAUCUCUUGACUUACAUGGGAUUUGCCGUUUGCUUUUCGAAGCUGAGUGACAUCUACGGCCGACGAAACAUGCUCAUUCUGUCCUGGAUUAUCUUCAUCGCUUUUUCCAUGGGGUGUGCAACUUCAAAGGGAAUGAUUAUGCUGGCGUUUCAGGGUAUCGGGGCAUCUGGUCUUUAUAGCCUCACUCAAAUUGGACUAAUUGAGGUCGGACCUGUUCAUCGACCAAGUCUAAUUGGAGCCAUGAUUGGGGCCACACUUGCUGCGGCGUUUGUUAUGGGCCCUCUAGUUGGAGGUGUUAUAUCUCAACUUUCGGAUUGGAGAUGGUUGUUUAACCUCAAUAUUCCCUUCGGGCUCAUAACGAUUCUGAUACUCACCAACUUUUGGCCUCAUGAAGAUGCCGCCGACCUACUUUCCUGGACAGCAUUCAAGAGCAUUGACUUCCUUGGUAGCGCCACUCUGCUCUGCGGCUCCGGCUUUCUGGUCUUUGCUAUGCAGCAGGCUGGCUCACAAACUCUAGCUUGGCAGAGCCCAGCAAUUGUGAUCAGCUUCACUCUUUCCAUAUUGACCUGCAUUGUUUUUGUUACGUGGGAGCUGCACUUGUCACGCAAACGACAUCGCCAUAUCGAGCCGAUAUUCCCUAUUGGACUGAUGGGCAAGCGAGUGUACGCCGCCGCAUUGCUAGUCACACUAUUCACUGGUUUCCCAUAUAUUUGUUUCUCCAUAAUUCUUCCUGAGCGAUUUCAGAUGGUCAAUAAUCAAAACGCUCUCAUGGCGGGAGUUCGGAUUCUCCCCAUGCUUAGUGCCUGCGCUGUUGGUUCCUUUCUUGGCGGUGCCAUAUCAAGCAAACGAAAUAAUACGUCUUACACCCUGGUCGCAGCUUCCUGUCUUCAGCUGCUCGGGGUUGGGCUUAUGACUACUGUGUCUGGUGAUUCCGAGGCGGCAGCAGCCCAGUAUGGCUACCAAGCGAUCUUCGGCUUGGGCGUUGGCUUGUCCUUUUCGGCAGCGACAAUUAUGACAAACAUUUUGGCUACAGAGCCUAAUGAGAGAGCUUCCGCCCAGGGCGCCGUUGCCCAGGCCAGGGUUCUUGGUGGUUGCAUUGGAUUGUCUUUAUGCACGAUCAUUUUCAACACACAUGCCAACAGUCUUCUGACUGGUCGUUUGACAGACCGAGAACUGGAUAUGCUACACCGGUCUCCCUUAUCAGGGCUGCAGUUGCCAGGAAACUUGCGAAUGCUAGUAAGGGAAGUCUACAUUGGCGCCUUUGGAAGAGAAAUUGAAGUUAUCGGACUCGCUUGUGCAGUCACGGUCAUCAUAUCUCUUUUCACUCUGGAAAAAAGCCCUACACCUAUUGAACGAAUAACGGCUCCGGUCAAGGACGAAUCGUCAUCGUAUCGCAGGGGAAGUGACUCUGGGACGGAGAUCAACGACGUCGCGCAUGCUCGUCAAAUGGCUUAA